AUGACAUCAACUGAGGAAUCAGUAGAUGGAAGAAUAAGUAGAUCUUUUUUUUAUCACAUCAUUGUACAGUUUUUGAUAUACUUCAAAGGUUUGAAUAGAAGGUUGAAACUUAGAAGAACAAUUCCUGAGCUGGUGAAUCAGGGUAUAUAUCCAAAGUUGAAUACACCUAUGGCAUUCACUGAACAACUAAGACACUUGGAACAAGCUAAGGCAAGAGAUUCCUUGCAGAAAAAAUUGAAACUGAGACCAGAUAGAGAUUGUUUGGUACAACAUCACAUAUUAGAAGACACCCAUCCAUUGGUUGAUAGGUCGUUGCAAGACAAACAGAAGUUGCUAAAGAAGUUCAGACUGCAGGAUAACUUGAAUGACUUGCUGUCACAUAGGCCGGGCCCUCUUGAUUUGCUCUCAAAAAAUAUUUUGCUCCUUGAUGAAGAUGCAUCACCUCUCUCUCAAAAUGGUGAUGAGAAUGCAGCAGCAGCAGCAGCACAUGAUAGCACAGUCAGUCCUCCAAGCAACGAUGAUGAUUUUGUUGAUUUUUUCUCUGCUGGUGAAUUCAAUUUAAUUGCCAAUGAGCAAACAUCAGCUCUCUUUGAUGGAGAUUCUAAUGACAUUUCAUUCUCACCAGAUGAUAACACAUUAGCUAACAGAAAUAGCUACAACAGUGAUGUCACUGCUUAUACUAAAAAUAAUAAUUUCAGUUUCAUGUUUGAUCGUAAUGCUGAUGUUCAUAUCCAUUCUUCUCCAUCCCCUUCUUCCUUCUCCUCUUUCUCACCUGUGCAGAAAUAUUUCAAUGUUGAGACAUCGGCAGCAACCAGCACAUUAGCAAAUGUUCAUGUUUGCGCUGUUGCAUCAGAUUCUUUCCAUACUUCCAACAAUGCAUCUAACGUAUCCAACAAUGCAUCUAACGUAUCCAACAAUGCAUCCAACAAUGCAUCCAGCAUUCCUCCUGCCCCAGACAUUAUGCCGCUACUUAGGAUCACUCAAAUGCAGCAUGACAAAUCUUUCGUCAAAAAUUCAGCGACCAGCACAUUAUCUUCAUCAUCACUGCCAACAACAACAACAACCACGAUGACAACAAUAACAAGUUCAGCACUUGUUACAACAUCAACGAUUUUUACUCACAACAUCUCAUUAAACAAUUUUACAGUUUCUACUGGUUCAACCUAUCGACAGCAAAAAUCUCAAAAAAAAAUUAGAACAAAACCGAGUACAACGAAGCCAAAGCAAAUUAAAUUUCAUGAGUACAAGGGUCCUCCUCAAACGACUAAAAGUAAACCGAAAUAUGAAACGUUACAAAUUUUGAAGGAGCAGCAACAACAACUGAUGCAGUGGCAGGUUGGGCCUACAAAAAACAAUCUCCUCAAUGCAUAUCCACCAUUAAUUGAAAGACCAUCACAAACAUCUCUCUCUUCAGGCACUUUAUUAAAAUCGUCAGAUGCCGAAAAGCCUAAAGUAAAGUUAUCAUCCACGUUAUCAAUUAAUUUAUGUAGCACUAACAACCAGCAACUGAAUAACAACAAACUAAAUAGCAGCACUAAACAAACCAUUGCAUCCUCAUCUUGGGCUGAAAUCCACAAGUUAGAAAAAAGUAAUUCUUUGAGUGAUGUAAAAAGGUUGAACAACGUGUCAUGUAUCCACCCUAUCAAUAUUAACUCGCUCACUUGCACUAAUGUGAUUAUUCUGAAUACAAGCCAGAAUGCAGUUUCUAAUUUAAAUUUUGACAGUCAGAGCGUAAUGACCUCUAACCAAAAUUUUGUGAGUCCUGGAAUUUUUCAUCGUGCUGUCAUCCCUAGCAACGGUGUUUGCGAUACCAAAUUGUUGAAUAGGCGAGAAGAUUUUGAAGAGAUUAAAAUGAAUGAAUUGAAGUUUGAAAGUGGUAGAAAUGAUACAACUGCUUCAUCUUCCAGCACUUUAAUGGAGGAUCCAAUGUCAUUUGGUAGCUUGUGGACGACUGCUAUCAAUCAAUCUGGGUCCAAUGUUUCACAAUUAAAUAAUUAUAAUAAAUUUUUCUAUGGUAAUAAUACUAACAACAGUAACAAUAAUGCAAAUAUCGAUAAUAACAACAAAACUGCCUUCAUUUAUAACGUUAACUCUUUAAUUAAUGUUGAGGACACAAAUCAGUUGCUUACCUCCAUUAACUUGAAAAAUAAGAUGAUGAAUAUUGAUAACAACAACAUCAACAAAAACAUCAACAACAACAGCAACAACAACCGCAACAAUGCUUGUUUACAGUUGGCACUACCCAUGGAAACUGAAAAUUUUAUAGAGAAGCCAAUACAAUUUGGGAGGGCUGAUAGCUUGAAUGAAUCAACUAGCAACAAACUAGCUCUAGCUAAUGCACAUGAGUUGGCAAAGUCUGCCGAUUGCAAUGACAAUUCAGAAAGACACCAGAUGACAUCUGCACUAGAUGUUUCGUUGGAGGGUAGGCUGCUGCAAUACGAGCAGAAGAUUAUGAAUCUUGAAUCGAAUUUGCAUGAGCAGCAGUUGAAAUAUGAGGCAGUUAUGCAAGAGUUGAAUGUAAAAAAUAAAAUUAUUCAUUUAUUACUCACAUACUCCAACAAACAUCCGUCCAACAAAUCCACUGCAAGCAACUCUUUCAGCUCAUUCAAGCAGCAACAAUCUCAACGAGUCCCCCAACAACACAUUCAACUGCAACAAAGAGUCACACAAUUACAACAGGGUCCUCAUCUGAAACUACAUCAACAUGAGCAACAACAACAUCAACUACAACAACUGCAACAACAUCAACAAAAGCAACAAAUUCAUUUUACGCCUGAGAACCAGAACAUGGGAGCAGACAGAUCAAAACGUGUUGAUCAUGAUAUGCAACAAUAUAUUGAUAAACAACAAUCCAUACAUGAAUGUUUUAAGCAAUUUAGCAUUAUUAAGGACAAUGUGGAUAGCGUGUUUAACGUUAAGAAUGACAAUGUCAGUAAUGGCAUUAAUAAAGAUAGCAACGAAAAUGAUAAUAGUAUUAAUAUUAAUUGCAAUUAUCAACAGCAGCAUAUUUUAUCGAAAAUAAAUAGCACCAGUAGCAUCAACAAAAAUUUAUUUAAAAAACCACACUACCAUUUCCAACGGCAGCCAUCAUUUUUUUUAAACAGUGAUUCACAAAUAAAUAAUCUUACUAACAUUACAGACAUCAAUAGAACAAAUAGUCUCGUGUCAGAUGUCUUAACUGGCGAAAAUAAUGUAACAUUGAAAUCUUUGCCUUUGCCUCCAAUGCUGACAGAAACUUCAUUUUCCAUAUCAAACGUAAAACAGAUGUAUCCAAGUGCAUUUUCACAGCAAACAGACAGUUCUGAGGAAUCCUUUGCAACCGUUCAAACACUUGCCUCUUCUAUUCAAGAACAGCUAAAGGACUCAAUAAAUGUUGAACGACCCUCUCAAGAAAUGGAACAUUCCCUUGAAGAUGUGCUGGAUGUUAUAAGAUCUAGUGCAACUGAACUAUUCAGUGGUGAAAAUGACGUUGGCAGUAGUAGCAACGACCCAGGAAACAUUGGUGGAAUUAAAAAUUUUAUAAGAUGCGAAGCAACCUCAAAGGUAGUGGGUGCCGACGUGGCAUCCCAGGACGUCUACCAUACCAUGCCUGACUUUGAGUUGAUGGAUUAUUUGGCGCAAAUUGUUGGGAUCGAAUAA